AAAAUUUCAGGCAUUACAGUUUGUUUGGAUCAAGUGUGCUUGGAGGCGGGAAGUCAAAGGUCGAAGCCUAAGUUAAUGCCACAGCUACAGUCGUGCCAGAGACACUGCCUCACACACACAUUUUGGAACUAUAGACGAUGGCAAAUCCCAAGUCGAGUACUAAUAAUAGGUCCAAGGGCAAAGGUAACCACAACCGCCAGUCGCAGCAGCAUUCGCAGCAGCAACAGCAAGUUGACCCUUCGAAGCAAGCGCAAGUAACACCUGCUUCUGUGGCCGGCACUGGAUUGGAUUCGCCCACCGCAAUGCCCCUGGCUACUCAUCCUUCGGAGGACACAAUGGCUCUGGCAGCCGCCGUCGCCGCCUCGAUUCCAGCCGCCCCCCUGGCCCGUCCCGCUCCCGAACAUCGUCCUUCUGCGCCAGCAUUGGUGACCACAACCAGAGACAAUCCGCAGCAAACCAGCGCCAUCGAAUAUAUGACCACCUCACGAACGUCCUCGGCGGCAGUCACGCCAUCUGAAAAUAGACGAGGGAUAUUCCAACGACUAUUUGGUUGGAGCUCGUAAUGAGUUUCAGCCUCUGCAAACAAAAUUUUUCCGAAGUACUCAAUUUGGUCAGCAUUAUACUAUUUAAAUUCUCCUUUAACUAAUAAGUAAAAACCUAUUUGACUGGCAAGAACUAAUAAUGUUUAGUUAUUUGUUUUGUGUGUAUUUGUUGUUGAAUAAAAUAUCUUUUAAAUUAAAUGCAUCUUCAUGUUGCACAA